GGAGAUCACGUGAUCUCACCCUCUCUUUCUCUUUCCCCGUCUCCUUCUCCUCCUAACGUCACUUCACGCCGUAUGCUUCGACUUCCGCUUAUGCACAGCUUUGGGGGCAGUGAAGCGCAAAGUGUCCCUUUAACCGGCACACUCGAAGCCUCCGUCUAGAUUACUUUUACUUUCGAGACCUUCAAUGCUUACCAGGACACGGGGUGCACCUUAAUACCAGCGGACACGGCCGAACGUUCCAAAGCAUCGCGCGUGCACUUCAAGUGUAAGGAUUGGUACUGCCCACUGGCGAUCGAUAAUUUGCUUGCUGAACGCAAGCAGCAAUCAAUUUCGUUCCUCCGCUUUUCGUCGCUAUUUUUUUGUUAUUUCUCUCCCGAAUUCGGAAAGGAGGCGGUCUUUGGCAGUGAAGAAGCGUCGCGUGUGAAGCUGACAAUGUUUUCUCUCGUGUGUGUCGUAGCUGUUCCUGCCGCGUCGUUGUGCUAAAAAGGCUAAAAGCCAACAUGGGCUGCAUAAAUGUUGUUCCGGUGGUAGCGUAAUCUGUGCAUUGGUGGCGAAACGCCCGCCUCGCUCUGCCCAGCGGUUCCCGAUGAAUAUACCCGCCGGCGCCGAAAUACUCUGGACUGACUCGAUCGGCGACCGUCCGAAUGUCGUGCAGGAGCUGGUGAUCCAGUCCCUGGUCAAAGAGAUGAGCAAGCCGGAGAACACCAUCACCGCUCUGUCGUGGCGGAGACUGCACCUCAGCAGAGCCAAGCUGAAGGCGUCCAGCCGGACUUCCGCGCUGCUCUCCGGAUUUGCCAUGGUGGCGAUGGUAGAAAUCCAGCUGAGCAAGAGCAUCCCACCCCAGCUGCUGAUUGCGUUCAGCGUGUGCACCACGCUGCUCGUGUCCGUGCACAUGCUUGCCCUGAUGAUCUCGACGUGCAUCCUGCCAAAUCUUGAAGCCGUAGCGAGCGUGCACGGCAUCGCUGCGGUCUCUGAGUCGCCCCACGAGAAGAUGCACCUGUACAUCGAGACAGCCUGGGCCUUCUCCACAGUCUUCGGCAUCCUGCUGUUUAUGUCGGAGAUAGCCAUCCUCGCCUGGGUCAUCUUCUACGACUACAGCCGGGAUGCUGCCCUGGCAGCCACCAUCAUCCUCAUCCCGGUGGCCGUGGUGUUCAUCAUCUUUGCGGUGCACUUCUAUCGGCAGCUGGUGACUCAUAAGUUCGAGCAGUCGGUGAUGAGCGUCAAGGAGCUCGAGAACAUGGUGAACCAGCUGCAGACGGACAGCGCCGACAACAGUGCUGCCCUCUUGAACGUCUGAGCCUUCCUUGCACAUAGAUGGACGUUCGGGGAAGACUGCGAGUGAUGGCGGCAUGAUGUGCAUCCAUCGUGCGGUUCUUUUAAGUUAUUUGGGUCGGUUCAGUGCUGGGGGCCGUUCGUGUGGUCGGUCGCACAAGGUGUUGGCGUAUGGUCAAGAAGAUUGUGGGUUGUACGAUGGACUACGUGACCUCAUUGUUUGCCUUUUACCACGGCAUCAUGAUAUGUUCCUUGUUGGCGUGUAGCUGUUGUUGGCGUCGAUUUGCAGUCUUGUAGGAAGGGCAAGCUGGGGGUCCUGUCUGUGUGCUAACCAUUGCGCAUGUGCAGAUCAGCUCCCAGAAACAGAUGAACGUAGCUUCAAUGCUUCCUGGAACACAAUGCCUUGUUACUUGAUGCUGUGGCAUCACGAGGUAAGAAAACUGUGAAGUGCGGUUCUCCAAUUGUUGCACCCAGGCAGCACUCACGCUUAGCAGUGCCAUUAAAUUGCAAAGUCUGGCCAGUCUGGCUCUUUCUAAUUUGGCUUCCUCCUGGUAGCCUCAGCAUUCAAGACAAAGACCUUGUGUUCUAGGAGAUGUUGGUAGCAACCCUUACUUUUCACUAGAACAAGGAGAGUAUCAAUCGCUGCUGCUGUUUCAGAGUUCCCAGAUAGUUGCUUUAUAAAAUAACACUAGAUAGUUCUUGGUUUUUGUUUUGUUUUUAACCAUUCCCCUAGUUUGGCACUGGUCAUAUACAACUCUCACUGGCUAUGCACUGGAGAUAUUUGCCUUUUCUUUUGGGCAUGGCUGUACAUUAUCAUAUAAAAUGGCUUGUUAUAAUGAGAUUGUUGUCACCGAAGAUUUAGGACAGAAUGUUCUGUUUCAAUCAAACUCAAGUAAAUGUAUUAGAGCUGUCUAUACGAUGCAACACCUGGCAGAUUCAUGUUGGACAUUGAUGUUUGCAUAAAACGACAGGGUAUGCUGUUGUAAUCACGGCCAACAUUUCUAGCCUAACAUUUUGCUUCCGUCUUAAAACAUCAGAGAAUGUCCUAAAGUGUAGCAAAAGCUGUUUCUACCAACUCUAAUAUGCCAAACAGUUAAAAGAAACUUGCCAAAUGUGUUACCAUUAUCUACCCUAAACCGUGCGAAAGUGCCUUUCUUUAUCUCGUGUUGAGCAUUGUAACGCUGUUUUGAAACUAUAUAGUGAUGUAAUUUUGCCUCCCCUUAGGCAAUUGUGUUCAUAUAUACAUACCUGCAAAUUGUGUACCGACGAGCACCUCACUUAUGUAUUUGUGCUUUGUAUAUCUGUAUAUAUUGUGUGCCAUCUUUGAAGGCAUGUUUCCAAUUGCGUUUGCUCUUCCCGACCUAUUUUAGGGGCACGCAUUCACAUGUAAAAAACAUACCUCUGUGCAUAUAAAAGCCGUUAUUGAAUUGC